AGAGGAAGAAAUCAGCAGAGAAAAAAAAAUGUUGUUCUUCUCUUACUUCAAGGAUUUGGUUGGACAAGAAGUGACGGUUGAGCUGAAGAACGAUUUAGCCAUAAGAGGAACUCUUCACUCAGUUGAUCAGUAUCUGAAUAUCAAGCUUGAGAACACUAGGGUUGUUGACCAGGACAAAUACCCUCACAUGCUUUCAGUGAGAAACUGUUUCAUCAGAGGAUCAGUGGUAAGGUACGUGCAGUUACCUAAAGACGGAGUUGAUGUUGAUUUGCUUCACGACGCCGCUAGAAGAGAAGCUAGGGGUGGCUGAUUCUGAAAAGUCGUUGUAUCUCCAAAACUUAAAUACUUUUCAUUUGGUGUAAUGGCUUGAUAAUGAAUGUUUUCCUGAUGU